UUAUCAUUACACAACACAUUUCUCUUCUAACAAUAGUUACAGUACUUCUUUUCAAUAUGGUUGCUUUCAAUUUAGAAAAGACCUUACUCAUCACACUCAUUCUGGCCGGAAUCCUCGCCGGAUCUCUGCCGGAAUCUGUGGUGGGUCAGAACUGCGGUUGUGCCGCGGACCUGUGCUGUAGUAAGUUCGGGUACUGUGGCACUGGCGAUGCCUAUUGCGGAGACGGUUGCCAAGCCGGUCCUUGCACCGGCACCACCACGCCUACUACUCCUACUCCUAGCGGUGGUGGUUCGGUGGCCGACAUUGUGACCGACGCAUUCUUUAAUGACAUCAUCGGCCAAGCAGGUGCAGGUUGUGCCGGAAAGAGCUUCUACACCAGAGCUGCAUUCAUUGAUGCUGCCAAUGCUUAUUCUCAAUUUGGCUCCGGCUCUGCUGAUGAAUCCAAGCGCGAGAUUGCAGCUUUCUUUGCACAUACUACACAUGAAACUGGACACUUUUGCUAUAUUGAAGAAAUAGAUGGUGCCUCCAAGGACUACUGCGACGAAACAAAUACACAGUAUCCAUGUGUAGCAGGCAAGGGUUACUAUGGCCGAGGUCCUAUUCAGCUAUCAUGGAACUACAAUUAUGGUCCAGCCGGACAAGCUAUCGGGUUUGAUGGACUAGGCAACCCCGACAUUGUGGCCUCAGAUGUAGUUGUGUCGUUCAAGACGGCCUUAUGGUUUUGGAUGAACAAUGUUCACUCUGUCAUCGGACAAGGGUUCGGGGCAACAAUCCGGGCCAUCAAUUCUAUGGAAUGUAAUGGUGGAAACCCUGACGCCGUUAAUGCUCGUGUAUCGUAUUACACGGACUACUGCAACAAACUUGGUGUCGCCCCGGGCGAUAAUCUCAGCUGCUAGGUCACACAUUAAAGUUAUUCUAUUAAAUGAAUUAAUAGACAAUAAAGAGUAGUGUGAAAAAAAUUGUUUAGGUUCUUAUUGAUACUUUCCUGUAUUUUGGACCUAAUCAUAUACUCUUUGACUACUUGUUUUGAUAUAUGAUCCAGAAGGGAUUGAAAUAAGUAAUAUGAAUCAAAAUGUAUCCUUUGGUUCAUCCUAUAGCAAUAAAAUUUUUGCAUUUAUACAUUA